UUAACCUUUGGGGAAUUCCUUGAGAUCGCACCACACUUUUUCUUGCUUCCAAUCCAUCCAUUCAUUCGCAUUCCAUUUCUUGAAGAAUUCAAUUACCCUCCCCUUUUCUUCUCAUUCUUCCAUUCCCAAAUCCCUAUCUCCCUUAUUCUGCUUAAUCCAAGAUUGGUUUAGUCUUUUUCUUACUUUUUUUUUAUACCUCAGGUUCUUUAUUUUUAUUUUUAAAAAAUUCUUCUUUUUUUGGGAGGAGCGGGUGGUUACACUUUUGGGUGGCUAGGGAUUUUCUGUCCGCUAGGAUAUGGAUUUAGGUGUUAUAUUCUUUUUCAGGGGAAAAAAGAUAUUGAACUCUUGGGAUAAGACAGCUAGUCCUUGGAUUGGAUAGAGUUCCUUUUUUUGAAGGAUCAUGACAGCAUAUGACAUGGAUCCUGAUGUUGUUCGCUGGGGCCUUCAUAAUCUCUUAGAUGUUUGCACACUUUCCAAUAAUGGUUCUCCUAGUAUCAUAACUAGAUAUGAUCUGGAUUUAAGUAGCAGCGUAGAAUAUGUUAGAGAAGGCUUCUAUCAGCCUUCCUACGUGGAGAAUGAUGAAGCUGUUGCUCGUGCUUACCUGGAAGAAUUAUCACAACUUCAAUCCUUGGAAGCUUCUGGGAUGUCAAAAUUCGGGAAUGAUCAAGCGCGGGCAGCCGUACUUGCACAGGAUUGGCAUUCUUACUCAGAUGGAAGCAUAAAUUUUGGUGCUCAAGUCUUAUCUAGAACUAUAUGAAGGCUAUGUUCCAAUCUAUGAAGCACGGAUUCUCUCAUGGUGCCGGCGUAUCCGAGUCGGACGCGAAUCCGAUGCCGACACGCGGUGGAUACUUCAAACGAGCAUAUCAGCGGUGUGUCUUCUUGCGGUGCAGAAUUUUGGUGGAGCUGUCACGAAUCCGAACGAGUCCGACUCGAUUCAGAUGUUCAUGAGACAGAUCUUUCUGCUGGACUGUAAAUCUUCAAUUGAUUUUGUGAUUUUAUGGCCCGAUUAACCAAUUUUUUCUUUCUAAUUUUAAAAUAUUCU